UGCUUUGUUUCUAUCCAUAGUUGCAUGUCUGCUUUUCUUGAUAAUCUCUUGUAUCUCCGGUCCACGCUGCACUACACCUUGCAUGAGCAUCAUACUUUAAUAAAUGAAUCACAAUGUUUUUGCAUACCUCGCAGUUGCUUAAUAAACUCUUUGUGUGCUUCCAACACAAUUCUGGCCUUGUCAGGAGACUCUGCCAUGCAUCGUAUUGCAUUGGCACUGGUUGGAAGUGCAAAGUGUGGGACUAUCUCUUCUUGAUCCUGUAUUAUCGAUCGCUCAGAAUAGUACCUGUUCUUUGUAAGAAGCAUGUACAAGUUUUCAACAAAUCGAAUGGCCGCGUCUGCAUGACAAUGCAUCACUGCUUCCAUUGCUUCUUUAGAAUAAUACAUACAUUUCCCAAUAACAUCCUGUAUAAAUAGUUGGUGUUAAAUCAAUUCAGUACUAUUGGCUCAAAUCACAAGCAAUACUUGCAUACCCAGUUAUUGGCCUUUUGUGGUGUCGAGUCACCAGUAUACAGCAGCCAUACUUGCAACUCAUUGGGAUAAUAUCGGGAAAAUAUCUCUGCAAUAAGAUACCCAUUCGCAAAAUCACUAAUUCAUUUAUAUACACGAUGCCACAUUCGCGUUAUUUCACAUAAAAUAUGUGUAUGUUGUACAGCAAUACAAAGUAACACAAUCCUAUCAAUUAU